CUUGAGGAUCCUAAUUAUUUCCAAUAGAGCUUGUUUAGAAUUACGGUGGCGAAAUAUUUUGAAGUACAGUUCCUUUCUUUUCUUCUUGCAGAGAGUCGUGGGGGUCAUUGCACGCUGCACUGCCUCAGAGGGAAGCUGAGACACAGGCCUGACUCUUGACUCUUUUCCUCCUUGGUGGUGUGGAGGCUGGCCGCAGGAGAGAGACGAAGCUUGUGAGGGAAUGGGGAUGUGUGUUGAGGUCUAGCGGAGAACGUCAAGGUGGAAGAAUGAACUAAUGGUAACUUUUGUGCUUAUAUACGCCAAGUGAUUAGAGUUUUAAAUGGAGGUUUGAUAGAAAGUAGUGGAUGUGAGAGUGUUUGAAAUGAGCCAUCAGAUAAUGUGAAAAAUGAAGGAAUGAUAUCGGGUACUUCUGAUUCAUGAGGACGAGUAUUGAGUGUUUUUUCUUUGUGCAGUGAUGAGUCUUGAAGGAAAGUUAUAAUUUGUGACUUUAUUUGUAGUGUUUGUGUUUAUUUGAGAGAUAAUUACAGAAGAAAAGUAGUGAAAUGUGCAGCUCAUUACGCAUGGUAAUUAAAUUAAUGGAAAAAGGCAUUGGAAAGAAAAAUUAUCUGAAGUGAACAUUUAUUUUCCCCAAUGCCAAACAACGCCAUGAAAUGCCGGUGGGUGAUGUAGUGUAAUGGGGGAAAAGAAAAGUUGAUAAAAUGUGGUGACAGUUUAAAUUCAGAAGAGUUAGUUAAAGGUGAAAAAAAGCUCAAGGAAGAAAAGCAGAAAGAUAUUAAAAGGCAGAAGGAAUUCAAAGAGAAAGCUCAUGGAAAGUAAAUGAAAGGUAGAAACAAUUUGAGGGGAGAAUACAGGAAAGUAAAUAGUAAGGUAGAAACAAUUUGAAGAGAUAAAGAUUACGGAAAACACAAAAGAUAGAAACAAUUUAAGGAGAAAAAAUAACGAAGAAUAAUAAGUAGAAGAUAGAAAUUAUUAAAACGGAAGAAAAAAGUAACGGGGAAAAUAAAAGUAGAAACAAUUUAAGGAGAAAAGAGUUGGUGAAUAUUCAGGGAAAAAAUUGUGAAAAGCAUAGAUAGAAAAAAAUAAGGAAAAAUCUGGAAAAGAAAUAGAAAAUAAAAGCAAUAUAAGAACAGACAAAAAAAAAAAAAAAAAAAAAAACCGACAAAAAAUCAAUCCAAAACAAAAACAUGACAAUUAAUGACCCAGACCUUCACCAAAGUUGACCAGAAGCUGCCAAGGUGACGCUGGUGAGAACCCCUUCGUCUGCUGUGGUGGCCUGCUGUGCCGUGCCCUUGUAGCAGAGCAGGCGUGAUGAGGCUGUGGAGGCGGUGGCUGCAGGCGGCGGCGGUGGUGGUGGUGUUGGUGGUGGUGAUGCCAACGAUGCAGAUGGCGCGGCGGACGUGGCGCACUGAUAGGCUGCCCAGGCUGUUCGGGAGGAGGCUGCAGCUGCGGUCUAUCGAGCCAGGCAAGCACCGGGUACAGCGGCGCCUCGUGCAGUUCCAUAACAGCUUCAGAUCCAAGGUGAAGCCCCAGGCGGAGAACAUGCUGGCAAUGAGCUGGUCCAACGAGGUGGCGAAGGAUGCACAGCGCUGGGCCGACUCGUGUGAGCUGCUGGUGCACGACAACGCCACAGGACGCACCGUGGACGCCUUUGGGCCUUGCGGGCAGAACAUAUUCGUAGCCACGCAGCAAGUCCCGUGGUACUUCGCCGUGAAGACGUGGUGGCUGGAGAAGGAGCACUUCACCUACGGCGGCAGCAACAACAUCAAGCAGGUGGGACACUACACGCAGCUGGUGUGGCACUCCUCGCACCAGCUGGGCUGCGGCCUGGCCCACUGCGCCCAUGCCAAGCCGCUGCCUUUCUUCAACUACGUGUGUAACUAUUGCCCCAUUGGUAACUUCCUAGAGCGUAUUGGACACCCUUACGACUCUGGCCCUCCCUGCAAUGGCUGCCAGGGACACUGCAAAGGGCGGCGUCUGUGUACCAACUCCUGUCCCUACGGUGACCUGUGGAUGAACUGCAGGGAGCUCCAGAGGUCCUUCCCGGCCUGGCUGUGCAACUCCAAGACCAAAGAGGGCCUGGAGCGCCUCAGAAGCUGCAGGGCCACGUGCAUGUGUCAUGGAAAGAUUACCUACCCGUGACGUAACGUGAGUGGGAGGAGAGGACUGUGUGUUGAGGGUUUGUGGGGGGUGAUGGUAAGCAGUAAUGGUAGUUAGUUUUUAGUUGUAGUGGUGAUGGUAAGUGUGUGUGUGUAGUAGUAGUAGUAGUAGUAGUAGUAGAGGUAUUUGUGUGUUUUUUUGUUAACUGGUGUAUUAUAUAGUGUUUUGAUAGUGUGAAUGAAUUGUGUUCUUCCUUUUUGUGUUUUUUGUUUAGGUUUGUAGUGUUAAUGUAUGAUUUUUUUUUCAUGUAAGACGUACACAGUAAACAAAGAAAAAGAUAAAGUAGGCCCACCAAAGUGCCAGUCCCUAAAGAAAGGUAAAAGGUAAAUACACAGUCGCGGUCUUAAGGAGAGGAGAGCGAGGUGCCGACGAAGGUGGGGAGGAACCUGAGCUGGUUACGAUUCAUCAUGGCGACGAGGCAGGACACAUCUUAUGACCGCAACUGUAGUGCACUCGCAAUCCACAGUUCUUGCCCACCCAAGAAGAGGCGGAGGUUCAAAAGUAGGCACUCUCUAGACGGAGGGCCACGCUGGCUGUCACGGAACAACACGCAUGCUCGAACACUCCUGAACCAUUCAUCGGUUUCGCUUGUUAUGUUCAGAUGCGUUACGACAUAAUUCAGUCCACAGCGAAACAGAUACGUUGUUCAGGAGUGUGUUCGAGCAUGCGUGUGUUGCCCCGUGAUGGCCAGCGUAGGCUCCGUCUAGGAAGCGUGCACUUCUGAACCUCCGCCUCGUCCUGGGUGGGAUAUGGAUUGUGAAAUUGUGAGUGUACACGUAGUAGCGUUUUGGUAGUGUGCUUCAGUGAAUUAUGUUGUAUUUUUGUGUUUUUUUUCUUUUUUGCGUAGGUUUGUAGUGCUUAUGUAUGUAGUAUGUGGCAGUGUUUUCUGUAGAGUUUGAGUGAAAUAUAUUGUGAUUUUUGUGCGAUUUUUUUUUCUUUUUAAUGUUUGUAGCUUCAUUAACUAGCUGAUUGAUUGAGAUAACCCUUGCUGAGUGCACCGAGCUUGUCGUGUAUUUAUGUAUGUAUGAAUGUAUGUACCAUGUAGGUAUGUAAGUAGGUAGACAAUGUAUGUACGUACGUAUGUCAUGGUUUUGUGCUGGUAGGAGUAAAGGAAAUUGCUUUGUUUGAUGUAACUCUCUCUCUCUCUCUCUCUCUCUC